ACAGAGGGCCCGGUCCUCCCGGCGUCCUAGAGCGGCCGGAAGUGUCUCGGGGUCGCUUCCGGGAACCUACCCGGUUCCGGUCUGGCCGUGCGGGUGGGCUUCGCUUGGCGGCUCAGCUGCAGUCUGAGCUCUGCAGUUGCCGCUGGGACCUUUCCUCUGGGCUGCCUGAUCAGAGAGGAGGAAGCAGCCAUGUCUGCCGUGGGGACUGCAGCCCCAUACCUGCAUUAUCCAGCUGAUAGUCACAGUGGCCGGGUGAGUUUCCUGGGGACCCAGCUCCCCCCAGAAGUGGCCGCAAUGCCCCGGCUCCUGGGAGACCUGGACAGGGGCACAUUCAGAAAGUUGCUGAAACUGGUGGUCAGCAGUCUGCAGGGAGAGGACUGCCGGGAGGCUGUGCAGCGCCUCAGGGCUAGUGCAGACCUGUCAGAAGAACGGCUGGGCGUCCUCCUCGCCGGCACAAACACACUGCUCCAGCAGGCCAUCCGGCUGCCCCCAGCCAGCCUGAAGCCCGACGCUUUCCAGGACCAGCUCCAGGAGCUCUGCAUCCCCCAAGACCUGGUUACAGACUUGGCCAGUGUGGUGUUUGGGAGCCAACGGCCUCUCCUCAACUCUGUGGCCAGGCAGCAGGGGGCCUGGCUGCCCCAUGUUUCCCGCUUGUGCUGGAGGGUGGAUGUGGCGAUCUCCACCAGUGCCCUGGCACGCUCCCUACAGCCGAGUGUCCUGAUGCAGCUGAAGCUUUCAGACGGCUCGGCACACCGCUUUGAGAUCCCCACAGCCAAGUUCCAAGAGCUGCGGUACAGCGUGGCGCUGGUCCUCAAGGAGAUGGCUGACCUGGAGAAGAGGUGUGAGCUCAAACUGCAGGCCUGACCGAGCUUGCGACCCCAUUGCAGUCACUGGGGAGAACUGGCUCUGAUGGGUGUCCCCAGACAAAGCCUGCCCUUCCAGGAGCCGUUCCUCAGUGAAUGUUUGAAUGUAAUCAUGUCAGUGUCUGUUCUGUUGAGAAACCUGGAUCUUCCUUUUUUUUCCCUGGAAAUAAAGCAAUUAUAAACUAGU